UUCUUUGUUCACUUCACGAGGAAAAAAAUCUCCACUCUUCACUUCACUCUUGUCUUGUCGUGAUUUUGCAAAUAAUUUUGCAAAUUAAUAAUCUCGCCAAUUAUUAAUUCACAUCCGUCUAGUGCAGUGUCACCAUGGGGGACCACGGCAACACGACGACCGAUCCACGAGUGUCACCUUGCUCGAUAAGACUGGAGCGGUUGGAAGAACAAAAAAUAAAGUCGGGGUCAGAUAAGGUCAAGGGUGAGAUGGAGAAAAACACUGCCAAUCCGGUGAACUUGGAGGAAAUUACGGACGAGAGUGAGACAUCGAUGUCCGAAUUGCUGGAAGACCAGGAAAACAUUGUUCCAGACGGUGCAAUUAUUGUCCCCCGGAGUAAAAUAGUACCAAAGAACAAACUCCGUUUCUUAGUUGAGGCAGAUGAGUCAGAAGAUAAUGCCAGUACGGCUAAUGAGGAUCGUCGCCUCGAGUAUUUGUUGAAACGAUCAGAAUUUUAUGCCAAAGCGGUCUUUGCGGAGGGUAAUGGAGGAGGAAGCAAAUCUCCUACUAAGGCUGGUCCUAGUAGGGCGAAACGGUCGCGGAGAUCUCAACCAGAUAAGUCUGAAAACAACUCGGUAGAUGGUGACUCAGAGGAAGAAAAUCCGCCAAAAAAAGUUAAACUGGCUACAUCAAAAGCUGCCGAGGAAUCGAUAAGGUUCACAACGUCGCCUCCCUUUAUUUCCAACGGAGCUAUGAGGGACUAUCAAGUGAGGGGGCUUAACUGGAUGAUUAAUCUCUACAAUAAUGGGAUUAAUGGGAUAUUAGCGGAUGAAAUGGGCUUAGGAAAAACGCUGCAAACUAUCGCUCUCAUUGGCUAUUUAAAACUGGAUCUGAAGAUUUCCGGCCAUUACUUGGUGAUCGUUCCGAAAUCCACGUUAGGAAACUGGAUGGCCGAGUUCGAACGGUGGUGUCCCCGAAUAAGAACUGUCUGCCUUAUCGGAACAAAGGAUGAAAGGAAUCAACUCAUCCGCAAAAAAAUGACCAAAAUGUCGAGCUGGGAUGUACUUGUGACCUCUUACGAAAUGGUGCUGAGGGAGCGAGGAACGUUAAAAAAGAUUAAUUGGCACUACCUCGUCAUCGACGAGGCUCAUCGGAUUAAAAACGAGAAAACGCAAUUGUCCGCGUACGUGAGAGCAUUUAAUUCCAAAAAUCGUCUCCUCUUGACGGGAACCCCGCUGCAAAAUAAUCUCCACGAGUUGUGGGCCCUGCUCAAUUUUUUGCUGCCAAAAGUAUUCGAUUCGUCAGAAAAUUUUGACGAUUGGUUCGAUCUCAAGAAAUGUCUCCGCGACACGUCCCUCGUCGAUCGCCUGCACGCAAUUCUCCGUCCAUUUCUCCUCCGACGAAUCAAGGCCGACGUCGAGACAGGCAUUCCGCCAAAGAACGAGCAGAACAUUUACGUUCCGCUGUCACCCUUGCAGCGCGUUUGGUACAAAAAACUGCUCAUUGGAAACAUAGAAAUUAUCAAUGCGGCUGGAAGCGCGACGAAAAUGCGGUUGCACAAUAUUCUCAUGCAACUCAGAAAGUGUGCGAAUCAUCCGUACCUUUUCCACGGGGUGGAACCUGGUCCCCCGUACACGACGGACAGUCAUCUCGUCAAGGCGUCGGGAAAACUUGCAGUGCUGGACAAACUCUUGGCAAAAUUGAAGCAGGAGGGAUCCCGUGUCCUGAUAUUUAGUCAGUUUAAAAUGGUGCUGGAUAUUUUGGAGGAUUAUUGCGAGUGGAAGAAGUACAAGUUCCACCGCCUGGACGGAAGUACGGACCAUGAAGAUCGUAUAGACACGAUUGAAGAGUUUAAUUCGAAGAAAAGUUCGACGUUCAUUUUUAUGCUGACCACGCGAGCAGGCGGUCUCGGGAUCAACCUGGCGUCAGCGGAUGUCGUAAUUUUAUUUGACAGUGAUUGGAACCCUCAAGCAGAUAUUCAAGCCAUUGAUCGAGCUCAUCGAAUCGGACAGACCAAAACGGUCCGAGUUUUUCGACUCAUCACGGAGAACACCGUGGAAGAAAAGAUGAUUGAGAGAGCCUCGAUUAAGAGAAGAUUGGACAAGAUGGUCAUCCAACAAGGUCGUCUCGUCAACGCCACCACCGGUCCCAGUGCCGCCGGAUUGUUGGAAAUGGUUCGAUUCGGGUCAAAAAUUAUUUUGUCCAGCAUGGACGACGACAUCGUGGAUGAAACGAUCGAGACAAUUUUACAGCGAAGCAAGUUAAAGAAUGACGAAUUGGAGGAGCGUCUUGAUUCAGGUUUGGACUCGAAGGGGCUCGACGGGCUAAAGCUGGGAGGAGAAAGUGACGAAGAGGAGGAUUACAUUAUGAAUUUUGAUGGGGAAAAUUACAGGCAAAAACCACUCUACAAGGAAGCCAAGCUGGCCAUUAUCAUGGAAAGUAUUGCCCCCCGAAAUUCAAGAAGAGUACCGAAGCCUGUCAGCUACGCAACGCCGAGCAUGAAGGAACGCCUCGGUAUUCCUACGUCCCUCCCUAUCUGGAAGCCUUUUCAGUUUCGUCCUCUCCGUCUCGGAGAGUUAAUGGAACGCACCAUUUUACACUACCGGAAGACACAAAAUUACAAAGUGCAACUCGAUAAUUUAAAUUUAAGCGGUGUGGCGUAUGAGAGUAAGCGAAAGGCAGAACAGCGGAAGAUUGACGAGGCUGAACCUCUCUCUCUCAGCGAGAAGGAAGAGAUGGAAGCGCUCCUGGAACCGAAGCGUCCUUCAGAGAAAACUCAUGACAGGACUGGAUUCUACGAAUGGAGGAAGACUGACUAUACCACGUUUAUAAGAGUAGUUCGUUCCCUCGGUCGGAGCGACAUGGCCCGCAUUGCUCAAUAUCUACGUCACAAGUCCCUCGAAGAAGUGACCGAGUACGCGGAAGUAUUUUCCAAGCGGUAUUCCGAGCUGGAAGACGGGGACAAGAUAAUGGCGGACAUUCUCAAAGCGGAAAAGGAACGCGAUGAUGCCGCAACCGUCGUAACACUGGGUGAUGAUGACGAGGACAACGACGAUAGCGAUGACGACAACGACGAUAGCGAUGACGACGACGACGACAAAGACUACGUCGCCGGCAACCUCAAAAUCUAGGAGACUGGAAAGUGUAUUGGUGAUUCGAGAACGUGAUCAAUUUCGUAUGUACUACAUAUCUUCCCACCGUAAAUUGUCUCAAUUUAACCGCACUUUAUACAUAUUAAUUAUUAUACAACUAUGAUUUUAUACCUCAAAAUUUUCCGUUUCACACUAAAUAGUAAUUGAUUAUUAAUUAAUUCACUUACUUCAUCAAUCAACUCACUGUAAUAAAGUUGCUCAAAAUCUGAGGAUGAUUUAGCUUUAA